GAGGUGCGGGAGAAAAACAUCAACUAAAAUUCUUCACAACACUAUCUAAAUGAACUGUCCCUUCUCUGCUACUCAAACAAUUGUAUCAGAAAAUAAUUUAAUUUGUUCUAUUGUUGGAAAUGAAAACUCCAGGAAGCGAAUGAAAUAGGUCCUUUGUGACCAGCUAGCAUGCACCAAUAUCAAUUUCAAUUUUUUAUCACCUCUCUAGUUUCAUACUACCUGCAUUAUAAGAGGGAGACAGAUUGAUAUCUAAUAAUCAUAUUCAUAUAUGUUAACCAGAGAAUCAGAUUGAUCAAAGAUGGAUGUCCUUGUCCAAAUAGAUAUUGGUGAUUAUGCACUUAUUUUAAAAAAUACAAAAAAUUUGCCUCCGAUGGAUAUAUAAAUGUGUUUGAAUCUGCAAGGAUUUUACAGCAUAUGUCAUCAAAUUAACAAGAUUAAUUGAGUCUACGUUCAUCCGAGCUUCAUAUCUGAUAUCCAUUCUUCACCGUACCAAUGUCUAAUUCUUCCAUGGCCAGCUUGACUUUUGCUGUUGGCAUUAUUGGCACUGUAUUAUCCCUUUUGGUGUUUGCCUCACCCAUCAAGACUUUUUGUAGAGUGGUAAAGAAGAAAUCAACAGAGAAUUACAAGGGAGCUCCAUAUAUAACGACGUUCUUGUGCACAAGUUUGUGGACUUCUUAUGGAGUUCUUAAGCCUGGUGGUUUCCAAAUCGCUAUAGUAAAUGGUGCUGGUGCUGUCUUUCAUUGCACCUACAUAAUUUUGUUCCUCGUAUAUUCACCUCAAGAUCAGAAGGUUAAGACGGCACUUUGGGUGGCUAUUUUGGACGUCGGUUUUCUAGGGACAGUCAUUUCAGUAACUCUUUUCGCUCUUCAUGGAACGAUCCAGCUUAGUGUUCUGGGAAUGUUUUGCUCCGGUUUAACUAUAAUCAUGUAUGCUUCACCUCUAUUAUCCAUGAAAAUGGUGAUACAGACAAAAAGCGUGGAGUACAUGCCAUUCCUGUUAUCGUUUUUCAUGUUUCUGAAUGCUGGCGUUUGGGCGUUGUAUUCUUUCCUCGUCAAAGAUUUCUUCAUUGGAAUACCAAAUUUGAUUGGGCUGAUAUUGGGCUCAACCCAGCUCACAGUUUAUGUAGUUUACAAAAAGAAGCAACCAGAAGCUACAAAGGGACCAAGGGUGGGCCUAAGCCUGGGAAAAGGAGCAUCCAACUACGAAGAGGCCCAGCUCAAGGAUGAGACUGUGAAAGUGGUAGUGGUCGAGAAGGCCCUCAAAAAGGUUAAAAGCCUUCCAAAGCCAGUUCUGAAUCACGAACACAUCCUCAAGAAGACACUCUCUUUUGGGGUAAACAAUUUACCCUCCACUUUUUGGAGUACUAAGCCUCAGCAGGAGGAUGUUGCCGUGGACGCAGAGGAAGCUCAAGUUUAAACCUUCACAUAUUAACACUUGCACUUCACGUGACUUGUUAAUCUUGUUCUUGUUAUUUAUUUACCCUAUAAUAGUUGUCAAAGAACAAGUAUAAGAAUAAUUAUCA